UCAAACAGCGCAUCAUCUCUGCCACAGCAGACAAGCCUUCAUCCAGAUGUGGAAAUAGAGACCCUAGAUGGCUGUUGGCAUGUUCCACUAGCCUGCUCAAUGCUGUGUUUCACUCUGGAGUCAACACCCAUCCCAAGUCUACAGUAUCUACUGUCGGUUUGCAGGUGGCAUGGAUACCUUCCACACGGGUGAUUUCUUCUGGAUGUUGGCACUUGCAGUCCCGAUCCUGGUGGUUCUACUGGUACUUUGUACUGAUUGUCGUGACCCUGCCUUAGACACACCCUCUAUUGAUGACUACCAAUACAAGCCUUCAACUAAUAUUCAUUCCCAGACUUUCAGAGUGUUGAGGCGUCCUCCCUCUCCACCUUGGUCUGCCAUCCAGUCCCAGCCAGAUUUGCAGAGCAGAGGCCCUGCUUAUAGCUUUACUAGUCAGACACCUUCAUUCAUCAAAGUUGAAGAUAAUGAAAGUGUUCCCAGCUAUGAAAAUGAAGAACAAGCUUGCUUCAUUGAUGAUGAUGAAAAUUAUUUCCCUGGAUACAUAGAGGUGUUGCCUGAUGUUCCGAUCAUAGAACAGAGGAACAAGGAUCAUGCGUCUUCUGAGUCCAUAGUGGACCAAUAUGAAAAUGUGCCUGAGUCCCAACGACAUUCACUUGGUGAAUACGUGAACGUACUAGAGCCAGAACCGAUAAUACUAGAUCCUUGUUUUGUGGGCACAAGUGAUCGGGAAAGUGAAGAUGAUGCUCCAGACUAUGAGAAUGUCUGUUCUGGACUUUGAGGUUGAAAGGAAGAUUUCAAAGUAUCAUUCCUACCUUGGUGGAUCUAAUCAUCUUUGUGCAGGAUGGAUCACCACCGACUGUGUUGGCCCAAGGACACCUCCUGAGCAACCCCCCAUUUUGUCAUAACCUAUUUUUCCCCCUUUGCACUUUGGAUGACACAUCCUGAGAAUUUCUCCCAAUCAUCAGUAGCAGUCCAUGGAUGGACCUUCCCCAAAGCAAUUUGGUUUUGCUUUUGUUUUACGUUUGAUUGGCUAAUAAAGAACCAAGA